UCGAGCGCCGCCCUCGGAGACCUCGGGUUGCUAGGAGGGCGGGGAGCAGACGCGCACCCCGGGACGCGCGCCGCCUAUUUCCGGGCGUCGCCGCGGGGCCAGCCCGAGCUGCUGGGCGGGGCCGCGGCCGGGACCCAGCAGGAGGCGACGAGGCGACCCCGGCGCGCCGACCCCGGGGAACCAUGGCCGGCUGCUGCUCGGCGCUCGGGGCCUUCCUGUUCGAGUACGACACGCCGCGCAUCGUGCUCAUCCGCAGCCGUAAAGUGGGGCUCAUGAACCGCGUGGUGCAGCUGCUCAUCCUGGCUUACGUCAUCGGGUGGGUGUUUGUAUGGGAAAAGGGCUACCAGGAAACGGACUCUGUGGUCAGCUCAGUGACAACCAAGGCCAAAGGUGUGGCUGUGACCAACACUUCUGAACUUGGAUUCCGGAUCUGGGAUGUGGCGGACUAUGUGAUUCCAGCUCAGGAGGAAAACUCGCUCUUCAUCAUGACCAACAUGAUCAUCACUGUGAACCAGACACAGAGCACCUGUCCAGAAAUUCCUGAUCAGACCACCAUUUGUAACUCAGACUCUGACUGCCCUGUUGGCUCGGCAGGCAUCCACAGCAACGGAAUUGGGACAGGAAAAUGCGUGCCAUUCAAUGAGUCCGUGAAGACCUGUGAGGUGGCAGCCUGGUGCCCAGUGGAGAAUGACGCUGGCGUGCCAACGCCAGCUUUUUUAAAGGCUUCGGAGAACUUCACCCUCUUGGUAAAGAACAACAUCUGGUACCCCAAGUUUAAUUUCAGCAAGAGGAAUAUCCUCCCCAACAUCACCACUUCCUAUCUCAAAUCGUGCAUUUAUGACGCUCAAACGGAUCCCUUCUGCCCCAUAUUCCGCCUCGGCAAGAUUGUGGAGGACGCCGGGCACAGCUUCCAGGAUAUGGCAGUUGAGGGAGGCAUCAUGGGCAUCCAGAUCAAGUGGGACUGUAACCUUGACAGAGCCGCCUCCCUCUGCCUGCCCAGAUAUUCCUUCCGGCGCCUUGACACCCGGGACCUGGAACACAAUGUGUCUCCUGGCUAUAAUUUCAGGUUUGCCAAGUACUACAGGGACCUCACUGGCAAUGAGCAGCGCACACUCAUCAAAGCGUAUGGCAUCCGCUUUGACAUCAUUGUGUUUGGAAAGGCUGGGAAGUUCGACAUCAUCCCUACCAUGAUCAACGUUGGCUCGGGCUUGGCACUGUUAGGGGUGGCGACGGUGCUGUGUGACGUCAUCGUCCUCUACUGCAUGAAGAAAAGAUACUACUACAGAGACAAGAAAUACAAGUAUGUGGAAGACUAUGAGCAGGGUCUCGCCGGUGAGAUGGACCAGUGAUGCCUGACCCUGCACUUCAACCCCACAGCGCCCUCAUCCAAGCAGUGAGAGGGAGAAAUAGCUGCUGCAUCACUCUAGAGAAAGUCCCAGAGUUUCUCUGUCCCCUCCACUCCACAAACUCUCAGGGUUGCCCAGCUGGUCUUGUUUCAGUUUUGCCGUUUUUGAGCCUGGGUCUUGCUCCGAGGCUCAGCUGGGCUUCUUCAGACUCAGAAUCUUCUUGCAUCUGUCCCCAGAAGUGCUGGGAUGACGGAGGAACACCACAACACUCAUCUCCUUGUGGGUUCUGGCCUUUUUUUUUU